AUGGAUUUAGAACAGACUCUCUUAAUUCUUUUUUAAAGAACACUAGAAUCUAAUAAGGAUGAUCAUUUAUAAACUAUAUUAUCAAGUCAAGCAAAGAUAAUCUAAUAAAAAAAAGAAAAUGUUAAUCCUCUUCAAUAAUCAACAUCUGCAAUUUAGAAAAAGUUAUAAGCCAUAGAAAAGAAUUUUAUAAACCAAGUUGCUUUCAAAAAGAGAAGAAAAUCUAAAUAUGAUCAUCGUUCUAAUACAAGUUCACAAAUUGAAAAUGAAGAAAUUUAAACAAUCAUUUAUGAUGAAGAUAAUUAAGAAAUAUUCAAUAAUGAAACAAAUCUCUAAAAGCUAAAAAGGGAUAAUUCAAAAUUGCAAAAACAAAUUACAUAAUUAUAAUAUGAAUAAAGAGAGAAAUACCUUAAAAAUUGUAAUGAAAUUGAAUAAAUUAACAGAGAAAAAAACUUAGUAUUAGAAAAUACAAAGAAACUUAAUGAUAAAUAAAGAAAAUUAAAUUAACAAUCUUAGUUGCUCUAACAAAAAUAACAAAAUCUACUUAAAUAAGAAUAAAACUAUUAUAAGUAAUAAUAAAAUACAGAUGAAUGUUAAGAUGAGUAAUAUAGAUAUGUAUAAAUAUUUCUAAUUCAAUAGGAUAAUCAAUUAAAUAAUAGAAGAGAUGAAAUGGAAAAACUACAAAUGAAAUUGAAUACUUUUGUAUCUCAAUUAUUGAGUCUACAAAGAAAUAAAAAUAAAGUACAGUGUUAGUUAAAUGUCUAAAUUGAUGCAGUAGAAUAAUUAGCUUAAUUUAUUCUAAAAGAACGUUCCAAUAUAUAAUAGGAUUAACAAUAUUUAAGGUAAUUCAAGGAAAAGGUUUUAGAAGAAAAGAAGCAGCUUCUUUAAUUAUAAGAAUAACCAUGA